AUGAGCUCAUUACACGGGAAAAAUGCUGUGGCAAGGGGGACUACUGUGAGUCAUGGGUUCCUGAAUGUAGCAAACGCUCAUGCUGUGGAAAGAAGCAUUACGACGAACCCAAAAAAUGCAGAGAUGCGGACGUUUACAGCGGUCACGGAUUUGAGUUAUUGGACUGUUAGAAGUGCUGUGCAAAGGGAUAUGACUGCCAACCGGGGCUACCUGACCGUAAUUCACACACUUGUUGUGAGAAGCGCAAACCAUCGGGCCCACACGAUCCUACAGGUAAUUACUAUAAGUGUGGAGAUAUAUCAUCUGACAAGUGCAAACAUGGUUACAAGUACGACGCUGAAUGCUGCCGGUACACUAACAAAUGUGGUCACUAUGCUUCAAUCAAAUGUGGUACUUCUCAUUGCUGCAAGUAAGUUCAGGCUAUAG